AUGUCAGGUUACCAACCUUACAAUGAAUUUUCGUCAGUUUCUAACAAUAGCGGUGGUGGCGGGUUUGAAAACAGCCAGGGCAAUGGCAGCAGACCUGCCACCGGUGGUGGUGGGUCGCAAUCGACGUUGAUGCCCGUGACGAUCAAGCAGGUCUUAGAAUCGAAGCAAAUGGUUCAAGAUGGGCCUUUCGUUAUCCAGAAUCUGGAGCUACACCAUGUGGUGUUCGUUGGAGUAGUCAGAAACGUGGUGGAUAAGACGUCGAAUAUUACACUGACCAUCGAAGACGGUACAGGCCAGAUCGACGUUCGUCAAUGGACAGCAGAUCCAACCGAUAUCGCAAACGCCAACGAGCAGGGCGAGAAACAAGAGGGCUCAUAUAGCUCACAGAUCUCACAAAUGUACCAAGUGGGCAAGUACGUCAAGGUUUUUGGAGCGCUACGUGAAUUCAGUGGUAAAAAAAACGUACAGUAUGCAGUUGUAAAGCCCAUCGACAGUUUCAACGACGUGAUAGCACACCAUCUGUCCGCUAUGAAGUGCCAUGCCAUUGCCAACGGGUCUUUGCAGAGCCCGGCUUACCCAAAUACUGACUCUACUGCAUUGUCCGGCAGCAACCAGCAACCAGCUCAGGAACAGAGUUUGUUCGUCCAAGACAAUUCCGCAAGCGAUCCCAAACCAGCUCUACAUAAGAUCCUGGAAUUCUGUGCCGCUCAAUGCGAGGGCAAGGACGCUAGUAACUUUGCUGUUCACACGAAACUGAUCGAACAAAGCCUGAGCAUUUCAGAAGCAGAUGUGAAAACGUACUGUCAGACCUUGGUCGAUCAAGGUUUCAUAUACCCAACCUUCGACGACAGCAGCUUUUUCGUUUUAUAA